AUGAGUCUGAUUAGCUGGAACUGCCGAGGGCUUGGGAAUCCUCGGACAGUUCGUGACUUUGACCAAAUGGUUAAGGAAAAGAAACCCCGAUUCUUGUUUAUAAUGGAAACUAUUAGCAACAAGAAUCGUAUGGAGCGCCUACGUGUGAAGUUUGGAUACGAAGGGCUGUUUGUGGUGGAGCCGGUAGGGAAAAGUGGCGGCUUGGCUCUCUUUUGGAAGGUGGCGGAGGAGUUAGAAAUUCAAAAUUAUUCCCGCCGACAUAUCAAUGCAAUCGUGAAGAUGUCGGACAAUGAAGUGCAUUGGAAGUUUACGGGGUUUUAUGGUCAUCCCGACCCCACAAAACGAAUGGAAUCUUGGUCUCUUCUGUCACAUUUAAAAAAUUUUGCCCCGGUCCCAUGGCUAUGUGUAGGGGACUUUAACAAGAUAAUUCAUCAAUCCGAAAUGGUUGGGGGGAACCGACGACGUGAAGGACAAAUGGAGGCAUUCCGGGCGACUCUUGAGGAUUGCAAUUUGGGAGAUCUUGGAUUCUCGGGCCCGAAAUUUACGUGGUCCAACAAACGCCAAGAUGAUUCUUUUACUCAGGAGCGGCUGGACCGUGUUGUUGGUAAUAGUGGUUGGUGUAAUUUGUACAAGUCGGUUGGGGUAGAUGUCUUGGCCGCACGUGCAUCGGAUCAUAAUCCCAUAUAUGUCUCGUUUUCAAAUAUUCAGCCAUGUGGUUUACAGGGCAGGAGAGGGUUCAAAUUUGAGGCUAGUUGGAUUCCUGAUGAGGAUUGUGGAGCACUUAUUCGGGAGGUGUGGGAUGGAGGUGACGAUGGGGGAGGUGCAAUGAUGAAAGUGAGACAUAAGUUGGCUUGGUGUAAAUCACGGCUUAUAGGGUGGAGCAGAAAUAAAUUCGGAAACAAUGAAAAUGUGGUGAAAGAGAAAACCGAAUUGCUGGCAAAAUUACAAAAUAUUGAGGGACCCACUCAACAUGAAGCUAUCAAAAGUCUUCAAACGGAGAUUGACUCCUUGCUGGAGUUUAAAGAUACCCGGUGGAAAUAG